AUGCAGCGAACAAUUGAAUUUUGGUCGAGCAGUUGUCAGGACGUGCCUGUGUUGGACGCUAGUGACAAAAAGUGCCAGAAGCAAUACUAAACGUACGAAGAAUCGGUCGUAGUGGUGGUGGAAUUGUUGGAUCGUUGAGAAGCUGAGUUUCAUUUAACGCGUUUACAAAAAAAACUAAUAACAGCAUGCGCGACCCAAAGAACAGACUACCCAAGUACGAGUCGGACGCUUUCGAUAAUGUCGAAUAUGAGCUCCGCAUGACGUACACGCUCGAGACUGAUCGUCGCAUUAUGAGUUUCGUCGAUUCACGUUGGGGCAUCGAAGUAACCGGUGGGAUCGAUCAAUUCGAACCGUUAACCAUUAUCAAUGUGACACCAACUGGUAUGGCACGCAGUGCCGGCAUGCGCAUUGGCGAUGAGAUUACGCAAAUUAACAAUACGCCAGCGUUGGAAUUAACUUUCAACGAAGCAUUGGAGUUGUUCCGUAAAAAUAGACGCUAUGUGCGGGUUUAUGUGAGAGGUGAUGUGGACGACGAUGGCGAAGAAGACUGGACCUGUCACUUCUGGUUCAAACCACGCAAGCCAUGGCGCCGUGACUUCACACCCAUCCAAUGGGAGUUCCCAUGGAACGAUCGUCGCAAGCCGAUCUACCGUGAGUCCAACUGUUUCAUGGUGCCCAGCGUUAUGGAGGAAAGGAUUCGUCAACGUCGUGCUGCCACCUCGGCAGUACAUAAAAAGGAUGAACUUGCACCGCAUACCCGCUCGCUAACACCAUCGCCGCGCCCUAAAAAUCAACCCGGCGAAAAUUUGAUGGAAACCAUGUUCAAGAAAUAAAGCUGCACCAUCCGAUGUCUAAGCAGUGAAACGCGUCAGCAAUUAAUGCAAAAAUAUAUGCAUAAACAUGUGUGUGAAUUUUGCAAGAACAAAAUAUAUAAAGGCUAAUAUUUUGUUGGAAAAAUUCGCCACGCAUAAAAACGCCAAAGAUUUUUCAUUCCAGUUCCUGUAACAAAUAUACAGAAAGAAGCAGGCGUUCGUAUAAUCUGCCACAAACUCGAAUAAUGCACUCCAGAGCAGACAUGAACGAUAACACGGUGAUAGAGGCUAGUCUAUGACGCUAUAGACACAAAAUAUUUAGUUGUUAAAUAAAGCUAGAGAAAGAAAAUAGUUUAAUAUAAGUUAAUAAUAUAAAUAAAAUAAUUUUUCAGUACCAACCUUAAGCUGUGAAAUACAAGAAGCACUUGUUAUAAAGCUUUAAUAGUUGUGUAACUUUAUAAAAAUGUGUUGAAAUAAUAAAAAAUAAUAUUUAGUGUUGACUGUAACUGUAA